GGUUGGGGGUGGGGGGAUUUGCAAAAUCUUUGGAAGCAGAGAGAGAGAGUGAGAGAGACCCAGAGUGAAGCUGAAGAGGAGAAAGCAUACCAGUGCCAGGCUGAGCAAAAUAGCAGGAGAAUGACAACGAGGGCUAACGUGAACGGAGAGCACAGACCACGCCCACCCGGCCUACCUCCACACCAAAACCAUCAUCAACCCCAACAACACUACUACCCUCAUCCCAACUACUCCUCCUCUUCUUCUUCUUCUGGAGCUUCCUUCAAGGGCUGCUGCUGCUGCCUCUUCCUCCUCCUAACCUUCCUUGGCCUCCUCGUCCUCGCCGUUAUCCUCGUCAUAGUCCUCGCCGUCAAACCCAAGAAACCCCAAUUCGAUCUCCAACAAGUCUCCGUCCAGUACGUCGGAAUCACUACUGCUGCGGCGAGUCCCACAUCGCCGGCGACCUCUGCUUCUCUUUCCCUCAACAUUCGGAUGCUCUUCACCGCUGUCAACCCUAACAAAGUUGGGAUCAAGUACAGUGAAUCCAAGUUCUAUGUGAUGUACAAAGGUGUCCCUUUGGGGGUGGCGACUAUGCCUGGGUUUUAUCAGCCAUCGCAUAGUGUGAGGCAGGUGGAGACGACGGUGGUGGUUGAUAGGAUUAAUUUGCUUCAGACGGAUGCGGAGGAUUUGGUGAAGGAUGCUUCGUUGAAUGAUAGGGUGGAGCUUAAGGUUAUGGGUGAUGUUGGAGCUAAGAUCCGGGUACUCCAGUUUACUUCUCCCAGGGUUCAGGUAACAGUGAACUGUAUAGUGGUGAUCAGUCCAAGGAAGCAGACACUGACCUACAAGCAAUGUGGAGUUGAUAGUGUGAACGUCUGACCAAUUUGAGAAAGAGAGAGAGAGAGAGAGAGCUGUGAGUGAUGUAUGUAAUGGAGUGGGCAAGAGUUCAAUCUCUCCUCCUCCUUCGGCUUCUU